AUGACAGAAUCAAAAGUCGCUGGUGGCUCAAGUUCUGAGCCAACGGGUCUCACCAGCCCUGGCGCAACUUUUGAAAAAAUGAAGGACCUGUUGAAGGCGAAAGACGACACUUCCAGGUUCGUAGGACUUGCUCUCCUUAAAUCCGUUCUUGACAACGAACAGCAGCUCGUCAACAAUAUAGAACGACUACAAAUACUUUGGGAAUCAAUAUCUUCAAAAUUCUUGGAUCGGCUACUGCGAGCUCAACUUGGUGGAAAUGUUGACAAGUCCCAAGCGAAAGAUAUGGUAGAUCUCGCAGUAGCUGUACUACAUACAUUCUCAAUACUAUUACCAGAAAAUAUACGAAGAGAACCACAGCUUACUCGAAGAAUAGGACCACUGGUCAAAGCUCUGGUCCAAAGUUCCCCUGAAACGACACAGCUCAUUCUUCAAACGCUGUUGACUAUAGCACUUCCACGUAAUCCAAAAUGGCUUAAAUCUAUAACAACCUUGCUACGAGAUUUGGUCAACAGGAAACCCACACUUAUUGGUAGAACUGCAUAUACUCAAGCAGCAGCAGCAUUACUCCAAGCAUACCCUGCGACCUGUCCCUCGUUGUUAUUUAGCAAUGAAUCUCUGCAUACUUCGGAUAAGACCGACAAUAGCAAGCCAUUUUCUUAUCUAUUUGUAAAUCUUUUAUUGAUUGACUUGCGAUCCUCUUUUCCAUCUCUCUUGGCCAAAUUGAAUAAUAGUGAUUAUUCAGCUAUCUCACAGCGGUUGGCGGCUGCAUUCGAUGUUAUAUCAAGUUUCAUCGGAUAUCUUGUACGGAGUCUCGAUGAAGACUCCAAUACCUCCAACAUGACCCCAGAUUUAAUGUUAAAAUUGCGCAAAGAUAUCGCUGAGACAAUGUCUUUAGCAAUCGAGUAUCUCCGAGAUAGGUGGGAUGCAUCUAUUGCUGGGGCUUCCGGAUUGCAUCCGUCUGCACGUUCUGGAACGGCUGCCACAUCUGAAGGGACAAGACUUACUUUAACCUGGGACUCUAUGAAAGACAACGUUACUGCUGAUCCUCUGAUUCUCGCUAGUAUCAGAGCGUUGGCCAUAUGGACCCGCGAGGAUGAAAAUGAAAAUUUACGAAAAGAAAGUGCUGGUAUGAUGGAUAUGUUCAUUGAAUUAUACAAAUUACGUAACAAGGACGAACCUGAUUUCAGAUAUCCAGUAUUACUGGCGCUUGAGGGUAUAAUGACUACCGAGGAUGGCGUGGAGGCUUUCUUGAACCAGGAUGGAUGGCAAGUCGUCUCUGAAGACCUCGCGAGUAUUGUCAGUAAAAGUACCGAUAUCUCAAGCACCAAUAACUAUUCCAUCAUCACCUCGGAAGCAGCAAGAGGUCUCCAAAUCGUAAGGGUUCUACUCGCUGUUAUCGAUGAAGAGUCUACAUCAUAUAUAAAACAGGAAUGGUUAACUAUAUUCUCAACCACAUCUUCCAUGCAACUUCCCUCCUCCACGUCACCCUCUGUGGUUAUUGAGCUACAUAUCGCCAUGCUUCAGUUAUCCACAGCAUUAUUAUCAAAAGCAGGAGAUAGCAUGCAGAAGCGUUACGCGAAUGAUCAAAAAUCUCUAGUCAGAAUAGUGCAGCAACUAGAGGUUGUAGUUGGAGAGAUGGAAGAUAAGGGAGAGGCAGCUGAAUUCAAGGAGUUACUGUCGGAUGUGGUGUUGGAUUUGAAAAAUUUGGGAGGGCGUUAA